AUUGAAUACCCCUGUCGUCACCAACCACUCCGCCCUCCACUAUCCGGACAUCUGAAUUUCUGUCUUCGCAGCCUUAAUUCUUAUCGACAACCUCACCUAGCACUUCGCUCUCGCCUGAAAGACAACACGACUCUUCGAGCUCUGCGCAUUCGCCUCUGGAUCAAUUAUCGCCGUCCGAUAAGGAUUUCAGCAAAGCAAGAUGAUUAGAAAGCAGGCUCGCCAAAGGCGGGAUUACCUCUACCGAAAAGCCCUCCUGCUCAAGGAUGCCGAGGUUGCAGAGAAGCGCGCUAAGCUGAGGUCUGCCCUGGCCUCGGGCAAGCCGCUCGACCCCGAGAUCGCGAAGGACAAGGAGCUGCGGAAGGACUACGACUACGACGUUUCCAAGGAUGUGAACGGAGACGCUAUCGAUAUCGACGACGAAUACUCGGAGUUGUCGGGUGUCAUUGACCCCAGAAUCUUGGUUACAACAAGUCGCGAUCCCUCCAGCAGACUCGGCCAGUUCAGCAAGGAAAUCCGUCUCCUACUACCCACCAGUGUUCGACUCAACCGUGGUAACCUCGUUUUGGAGGACCUUGUUGGUGCCGCGAAGGCGCAGAACUUGACGGAUGUUGUUUUGCUACACGAGCAUCGUGGUGUCCCUACGGCCAUGACCAUCUCCCAUUUCCCCCAUGGCCCGACGCUCAUGGUCUCCCUCCACAACGUCGUUCUCCGCGCCGAUAUCCCCAAGUCGAUAAAGGGCACAGUCAGCGAAAGCUACCCCAGGUUAAUCUUCGAGGGCUUCAACACCAAGCUCGGUGAGCGGGUGGUCAAGAUCCUCAAGCACCUCUUCCCGCCCCGCGAGCCGACACAGAAACCCAACGUCGGCAACAGAGUCAUUACCUUUGUCAACAACGACGAUACCAUCGAGGUCAGGCACCACGUCUAUGUCCGUACCUCGUAUGACUCGGUCGAGCUCAGUGAGGUCGGGCCCCGAUUCACGAUGAAGCCAUUCAAGAUCACCAUGGGCACUCUCGAUAACAAGGAUGCGGAUACCGAAUGGCACCUCAGCCAGUACACCAGGACCAGCAGGAAGAAGAACUACUUUUAAGCGGCGAAUGGGACGAAAGGGACGCUAUAGCCGUGUGGUUUUUGGUAUGGGUGAGCGGGUGAAAGGCCACAGCAACAGAGCGUGGCUUUAGAGGCAAGUUGUUGCUGGACCACGAACACAACGCACUGGACCUGGUGGUGGAGCCGGACAAAACCGAGAAGAGGGCAUCCGAGAGAAACACAACCGUUAUCUGGCGGCGAGAGGUCGUUCUCAUCAGUCUGUCUGCUGGCUUGGUAUUUGG